AUGGGGUCACCUGUUAAUGGAGUGGGUUCUUUAUCAGAGGUUCAGAAUUCAGUUUCCUUGGUAGAUCAUGAUCCUCCUUCAACAUCAGGGAUCCCCCGGUCUUCUCGGCCGCCGUUAAGCACAUCUAGAAAUCAUGGGGCUUCUUCCAAUCAGUAUUAUAACACAAAUGGGAAAUCUGAGUAUGUGAGCCUCAACAAAGCUGUUGAAAGUUGUUUAGGAAAGAACAUCUCCAAAAUGGAAACAAAAUUAAGCAUCAAGCAACCGUUAGAUGCUUCCAAGAAUUGUGAUUUUAGCGCCGUAUUAGAAUCUGACAAUCACCAAUUAGGUUCGUCAAAAGGCGUUGUUGAUCGAACAAAGAGUCACUGUCAGUCAGAGAUUACUUUUUGUCCAAGUCCUCAGAAUAGUUUCUAUACAGAAGCCAAGGAAAGUUUUGCCAACACUGGAGUCAGUGAAUGUGUUAGUGUUGAUAAGUCAGUUGAAAGUGGAGAAGUUACUAAUUCCUGUGAAUUUAACGAGAGCCGGAAGACCAGCAUCUGUAGAGGCAGCACUGGAAGUGACGUUAGUGAUGAGAGCAGCACUAGUAGUUUGAGCAGUGCUUUGUACAAGCCCCACAAGGCUAAUGAUAUAAGAUGGGAAGCAAUUCAAGCUAUACGAGCCCGUGAUGGGGUGUUGGAAAUGAGACAUUUCAGGUUAUUGAAGAAAUUGGGAUGUGGAGACAUAGGAAGUGUAUAUCUAGCUGAAUUAAGUGGCACCAGGACUUGUUUUGCAAUGAAAGUAAUGAACAAAACCGAGUUGGCUAGUCGCAAGAAGCUUGUUAGGUCUCAGACAGAGAGGGAGAUACUGCAGUCUCUAGAUCAUCCAUUUCUACCCACAUUGUAUACACACUUUGAGACAGAGACAUUUUCCUGCUUGGUAAUGGAGUUUUGCCCUGGUGGGGACUUGCAUGCACUCAGGCAAAGGCAACCGGGGAAGUAUUUUUCUGAGAUUGCUGCCAGGUUUUAUGUGGCAGAAGUUCUCCUUGCCUUGGAGUACUUGCACAUGCUUGGGGUCAUCUACAGAGACCUCAAGCCUGAGAAUGUGUUGGUGAGAGAAGAUGGUCAUAUAAUGCUUUCAGAUUUUGAUCUCUCUCUAAGGUGUGCUGUCAGUCCAACUCUGGUGAAGUCAUCAAACUCUACCUUGGAGACAAAAAGCUCAGGAUACUGCAUUCAGCCUGCCUGCAUUGAGCCAACAUGUGUAAUUCAGCCAGACUGCAUUCAACCAUCAUGUUUCACACCGUCAUUUCUCUCAAAAUCCAAGAAAGAAAAAAAGUUGAAACCAAAGAAUGAUGUGCAGAAUCAGGUGACCCCUCUCCCCGAGCUUAUUGCCGAGCCCACGAAUGCACGAUCAAUGUCUUUCGUGGGGACACACGAGUACCUGGCACCUGAAAUCAUCAAAGGUGAAGGUCAUGGCAGUGCUGUGGACUGGUGGACAUUUGGGAUAUUCUUAUAUGAGCUCUUGUUUGGUAGAACACCGUUCAAAGGUUCAGCAAACCGCGCCACACUAUUCAAUGUUGUUGGCCAGCCCUUGAAAUUUCCAGAAGCUCCUACUGUGAGCUUUGCUGCCAGGGACUUGAUCAGGGGUUUACUUGUGAAAGAGCCUCAGAAUCGCCUUGCUUAUAGACGUGGAGCAACAGAAAUAAAACAACAUCCAUUUUUUCAUAAUGUUAACUGGGCACUGAUCCGAUGUGCAAAUCCUCCAGAGGUUCCAAGACAGGCCAUGAAAGCACUUGCAGCUGAAAAAGUGCCUGGAGUGAAGCCUUCUGGUAACUAUUUAGAUAUUGAUUUCUUUUGA